AUGGCGCCAGAUAAGCAAACAUCGGGCACAGAGCCGUCGGCGGAGCCGAAGUCGCCGGUGAUCGACCCGCAGAUCACCAAGGAGCUCGACCACGAACAUAUAGACCAGCAACAGCUGGAGCUGCUCACCUCUCAGCUUCCUGGGUUCAGAUUUGAUAACAUCGAGCAGCUCAAUGACGAGGAGCUGAAUAUACAUUUCCAGAAAAUAAUCGGUGACCAGGAAGAGCACAAAGAUGACAAAGACGGCAGCAAGUCGGAGGAUAUAAAUAGCGAAAAGGAAUCACAACAGCCAGAGGAAGAAACACAGCUCAAAUCGCAUUCCGAAGCCGCAGCGGAUAAUAAAGAGAACAAGCCGGAGGACCGUAACUUGGACCCUACAUUGUCAAUGUUGUCUGGGGAAACCACGACGUUUAAAGGCCUGUCCAUUCCUAAUAACUCGGAGCUGGUGCGAGAAACCACAGAAUCUCCAGCUUUGCGUGCUUAUCGUGAGCUUGUUCAGAGCCAGCAAACCCAGACGGCCCCCGUCGACGUUGUCCAUGCCCAGCUGGCAGCUCUUCCGCUGACGUUCACCGCCCCAUCGAAUCUCUCUUUCAACAUCCAGCUACUGAUUAACACAUUGCCUGUGUUGGACAACUUGGCGACCCAGAUAUUACGAAUUAUCUCCCAAGGGCCGUACCAAAAGAUCAUGGAACUGGUUUCCAAUCGCGAGUCUUUUGCUGGCAUUGCGUUUGGAAAUCUGAUCGAGCUGUUUGAGACCACAAAACGGGUGUACAAUUCCGAGGAAAGCCCGUUCUUCACAGUGGAAAACGUCACUUUUGGCCUUUGGAAGUAUGGCGAGGCUGCGCCCGAGUUUUUCCGUGGCAAGGAAGACACGAUAGAAGGUACGUUGCGGAAGGUGAAUCUCGCGACUUUCCUUCUUGCUACGCUGGGACUCAUUGACUUGGGAUUUUUCUUCCUGAACGAGGCGUUUCUCGACGUGUUCUGUCCGCCGCAGAACUUGGACCCAACGCGAUCGCUGUCCAACCUCAAGCAGGACAACACCCUGCAGUCCACCCUAUUGAGCUCGUCGUACCCUUUCGCACAGAGCAGCAGAGCUCCGAACAAUCAGACCAAGUUUCUCAAAUCGCAUGCUAUUUUAUUCUUAGAGCUAAAAACACAGGCUUUUAUUUCUGCCAUCGAGUUGGGCGAUCGUUCUAAGGAGGAAAUCCUCAAGGAUCUGUUCCCGGAUAAUCUUGAUGAAAUCUUGUUGAAACGCAAGCAGCCCGACUUCGACACCUCGAAACAUACCAUUGUGCGCAACUCGACGCUUUUCACGCCGGCAGAGCUGGACUUUCUGGCCAGAUGCGACUCCAGAAAGGAUAAUCUCAUGAACAUGAAGGCGGACGACUCGCUCAUGGAAAAGUACGAAUGGAUAAAGUUCCUGAACGAUCUCCUGGACUAUGUGUCCAAAAACGUGGGUUUUUUGAUUUGGGGGCCAAAGGGAAAGAUCACAAAGGAGCUUACGAGAUUGCGGCUCAGCACAGACUCUGCCGGGAGAAAACGACAGUUCGACGGUGACAACAAAGACCCAAGCGAGAGCACGUCUGAACCCGAGCAAAAGACUAAAAAAGCCAGAAGCUACCGACAAAACAGACCAACAACGUUCAGAAGGGUCUGGAGCCAGGAGGAAGAAGAGGCACUGAGGGACGGGCUGAAGCUCAAGGGAACGCAAUGGACGGCCAUUUUAGAGCUGUACGGGCCUGGUGGAUCUAUCAGCGAGGCGUUGAAGAACAGAACGACGUUACAACUCAAGGAUAAGGCCAGGAACUGGAAGAUGUACUAUUUGAAAAACGGACUGGAGCUUCCUGAUUAUUUGGUGAAAGUCACAGGAGAGCCAGACAGGAACUACUCGCACGACUCGAACAGGGCAGCUACAAAGGUGGAAAGACCAAAGGCCGGGACUCGGCACGCAAAUAUUCAGACAACCGCUACUAGAAUUCCGCAGACAGAAGCUGGAGCCAAAAAGCACGAGGAAGGAGGCGACCCCAGCUACGAGGACAUCAUCAACAACUUAUUUGGGGCGAACGCCGAACGUGCAAAGGGCAACCAAAAGGGCUCGUCGACGUCGCGCACUGACAACCCUGAGGAUGCCACGAACGAGCUCAAGGACCUGGUGGCCCAGGCGUUCGAGUCGUGA